UCUUGAGAUAAAUCUUCACAAUGAGACCCUUGAUUUCAGGACUAUUUCUCAAUCCUGUCCUUCAGCUUUCUCAAGUCAACUCAUGAGCUGUUUAACCUGUUAUGCUUAUCAAUUACGGAGUACUACUGUCAUACUUGAUUCUCUUCGAACAUAUCCCAUUUCUCAGUGUAAGGUUUCUUCACAUUCAUGGUUAUGGAUCCUAGGUUCAACAGGUUGCUUGACUCCUCUGUGACCGAAUUCCCGUUGGAAAAUGAGACCAUUCUUUCUACCUUAAAAGAAUCACAAGACAUUCAAGACAUCCAUAAGGAUGCCACUUCUAUGACACAUGCUCCUACUUUGUACUCCCGAAAUGAUCACGAAUCUGCUCCCACACUCGAGUACAUAAGCCAGAUGCUACUGGAAGAUAGUAACAUUGAUGAGAAUAAUAAUCCCUGCUUGUUUUAUGACCCUAAUUCCCUCAGAGCUGUCGAGAAUUUCUUUUCUGAUGCCCUUCAUCAAAACCCUUCAUCGCCUUAUCUAGUACCUCUUUUUGUGAACAAUAAAUCUGGAAGCCUGGACAGCACAUUUGGGAGCUCCGGUGAUUAUAGUACCAGACUAUUUAAAUCAUAUGUGAAGAGGUCAAACAGUUCUUCAUAUAGCUUGAAUAGUAUAAUGAAUACCGAAAUGGACUCUUCUGAAACUUUUAAGUUGGGUCCAAAUGUGUUUAAUGAUAAUGAGUCCAUCUUGCAAUUCAAGAGAGGUGCGGAGGAAGAAAGUAGAUAUUUUCAUUCUGGAAAUCAGUUGCUUCUCAGUAUAGAGAAGGGGCAUUCGUCUGAUUCCUCCAGAGGAAAGAAGCACCGACACCCAGGGGAUGUCGGGUUAGAGGAAGAAAGGAGCAGUAAGCAAUCUGCAGUUUAUUGGGAGGAGGAGGAGCUUGAGUUAGCAGAGUUGUUUGAUAAGGUUUUACUGUUCACCGAUAAUAUGGAUCCUCCAUCUGUAGUUGAAAAGAGCACCCAUCAGAAAGGGCGAGGUGGUGGGAAGGGACAUUCAAAGAAACGAGGGACUGGUGAAAAUGUGGAUAUACAGUCUCUUUUAACCAGCUGUGCACAGUCUAUUGCUGAAGCUGAUCAUAGGAGUGCAGAAGAAAAGUUAAAGAAGAUUAGGCAGCACUCUUUGCCAACUGGUGAUGCAAAUCAAAGGCUGAGUCAUGCUUUUGCAAAUGCUCUUGAGGCACGGAUGAAUGGAACUGGCGCACAACUAUAUGCGGCGCUAGCUUCAAAUAAUAUCACAGCUUCUGGAAUGAUAAAAGCCUUUGACACUUACAUUUCUUCCUUUCCAUUCACGAGAACAUCGUUUUUCUUUGCAAAUACAAUGAUUUAUGAAGUAGCUUUGGAAAGUAAAUCACUGCACAUAAUAGAUUUUGGUAUUUGUUAUGGUUUCCAGUGGCCCCUUCUUAUCAAGAAUCUCUCACACAGACCUGGAGGACCUCCUAAACUUCGAAUAACUGGAAUUGAGUUUCCCCAACCUGGUUUUCGCCCAGAAGAAAAUGUAAAAGAGACUAGUUGUCUUUUGACAAAAUAUUGUGCACGUUUUGGAGUACCAUUUAAGUACAAUGCCAUAACAACUCAAAGUUUGGAGACGGUUAAACUUGAGGAUUUAAAGCUUGUGACUGGUGAGACUGUUGCUAUUAACUGUUUGUAUCGAUUCGAAAACCUACAUGAUGAGACAGUGGUUGAUUUUGAUACUCCGGAUUUCCCUAAGGGUGCAGUUCUAAACUUGAUCCGUGAAAUAAAUCCAAAAAUUUAUGUGCAAUCGGUUCUAAGUGGAGCCCACAACUCUCCUUUCUUUUUUACUCGGUUCCGAGAAGCUCUCUAUUUCUAUGCUGCAAACUUUGAUAUGUAUGAUGCUACUAUACCCCGUGAUGAUCCUCAGAGGUUGAGUAUUGAAGAAUCCAGGGGAUGUGAAAUAAUGAGUAUCGUAGCAUGCGAGGGCAUGGAAAGAUUAUAUAGGCCUGAAACAUACAAGCACUGGCAUUUGCGUAAUAUGAGAGCUGGGCUAAAGCCUAUGCCCAUAAGUCUGGAGCUUGUGAAGGAUUUAAGAGACAAGGCGAAGGCAAGAUAUCACAAACAGUUUCUGUUUUCAGAGGAUGGUCAUUGGAUAUUGCAGGGGUGGAAGGGUAGAAUUUUUUGUGCUAGCUCUUGCUGGGCAUCUGCAGAAUAAGAAACUAAGAAACUAUUGAUAGCCAGGAAGGUAGCAUGUAUGCCUUCUCUGUUUAUACAUUCUUGUACUGGAGCCAUGUCAAACUUUUACUUUGAAGAAUUUUAUGACCUGAGAUGUCCUGAGGAAGUGCAAUUUGAGAACAUCAAUUAUGGAGGUUGUCUAGUUUCGGAUGCAUUCUCUUUGAAAGUACAUGCUCUCUAUGGUAGUUCUUGGCAUUCUCUUACAUGAAACCUUUUCUUACUCUCUUUAACCUGUUGAUGCUAAUGGGCUUUUGUUCGUUUAUUAUUAAAUGCUCUCUUUUUUAUCCAAGUUAAAUGUUCAUCCUA